AUGGUGUCAAGCGAGCAUCGAACGGGUUUGUUCGUGACAGUGCCUCUCUACUUCGUCGUCUUGGCCUGUUGCGCGAUUUGGGCAAACCGGAAGAACCGGCAGGAAGGUCACCAGACGGAUCGUUUGAGCAGCCACUAUCUGGGCGGUAGAUCCAUUGGACCUCUUCUCAGCGCGGGCACUGUCUUUGCCAGCUUCUUCAGCGGGUAUACCAUUGUUGGAAUACCCACUGAAGCAUUCAAAAAUGGCUUCCUUGCUUUCCGCUGGGUUGCUAUGGCCUUGGCGGUUGUCACGGGCAUGUCGGGCACGGUGCUCCGACUUCGCAAGGCCGCUCUCGUCCGCAAUCACAAGACUCCCGUUGACUUUGUGACCGAUAGGUUCCAGAGUCAAAUCCUCCGAUACACGCUCCUCGUGCUUCAGAUCGUCCCUUCCUUGUUCUAUACCACCGCUCAGGUGAUUGCCCUCAAGACAACCUGCAACAGCAUCUUUGGACUCCCCCCCGACACGGUCUAUCCGGUGCUUCUUAUCGUUAGUGUCACCCUCAUGUUCGAGUGGAUCGGUGGUUUGCGCUGCGUCGCUAUGACGGACUGCAUCCAGGCCAGUAUCAUGAUCGUUGCAUACUUUGUGUUGCCGCUCAUCAUUGUCAGGAACUACGGUGGCUGGCAGGCUCUCUCUCUGGAUACGUACCCUCGCCCCGACUUUUACCAGACACCGUCAUGGGAAGAUCAGAUGGACUUUUGGCAGUUCGCGCUGUCCACCUUCACCUUUUUCACGUUACCCCACCUUAUGCAACGCGCUUAUGCCGCUCGAGAUCUUGUCUCCCUUCGAACGGCCUACGUGUCCAUGACCGGUGGUAUGUGGCUCCUCAUGUUUGGUGGUGUGUUCAUUGGAACGGUCGGGGUUGCGAUUGUUCCGGACGAUGGAGAAGCCAUUGUCAAUCCGCUGGCUGCCAUUUUGGAAGAGAUAAUGAACCUUGGUGGUUUCCCCCUCUUGAUCGGCCUGAUCACUAUCACUGCAAGCUUGGCCGCAAUCAUGAGCACAGUUGAUUCCUUGCUGGUGGCCAUCAGCCAACUGGUGACUGAAGAAGUUGCCUAUCCUCUCUAUCCUAACGCCACGCCGGACAAAAUGGCCUGGGUUGGCAGAGCGGUGUCGUUUGUUGCGAUUGUCAUUGCAACCGUACUGGGACUCACUUGGGACGAUGGCAUCACGCACCUGGCCAACAUCAACUUUCAGCUCUCGUUUCAGACCCUUUUCAUCUUCAUGAUUGGUCUCUUCGCCACUCCCGAGCUCGACUGCCACCCUUGGAGCCUUGCUGCUGGGGCCAUCACGAGCACGAUCUACAUUUUCUGUAUCUACUUCGCUCACAUUCGCAACUGCGAUAACUGCGGCAGCCUCAACGCAGGUAUCACAGGAAUCCUCUUUCAACUUGGAGUCCUCGCCAUCGCGGAAGGUGGUCGUCGGUUGUACCUACCGGAGCACAGCAGCAGCCCACUGGAUGGCCCUGGCGCCUUGAUCUUUCCUAACAGACCGAGCUGGGAUCUUCCAAGGCGAGCUCGCUUUGGAGAGAAGCCUCUGACACCCAAGCUGUUGUGGAAAAUGAUGGAGGGUACCGACGAAGCUCUUACGAAUCCUUGGUAUGGCAGCUUUAUGUUUGUUACCAUCUCAAUCAUUACGCCAUUCGUGGCCGGAGGACUGCCUAGAGACACCGCAGCACUCGGCGAAACCGUCGUCAACGGGCUUCCCUGGUGGGCCGUCAAGAUGUUUUUUAUGGCCUUGAUUCCAACGCUGGUCCUCUUGUUUGUGUUGGUUCGCAUGCCAAACAAGUAUAUGCACCCAGGAUGGCGUCGUCAAAACAGUGAUGAAGAGAAUAACACUAUGCUCUCUGGUGCGACCGACCCUGAUGUUAUGGAGUUAACACGCGAAGAGCUUGGCCAUCGCACAGAAUAUGACGGAAGGAACGAGCUCGUCUAUCGACGUCGGAUGCAGAUAUUGGAAAAGCUCGGCAUUUCUCCCACGGAAAUUGACGACGUGAUCAGCGCUACGCGGCGUUCGGAAGAGAGGAUCGAACAUCCAGUUGUUAUCGAAGACGAACCAACCAUCGAGGUGUCUGGAACACUGUUGCGUGUUUGA